AAAGAGAGAAAGAGAAAGAGAGAGGAACACAGAAUUUGACUUCGUCUUCUCUCAUUGAAUUUUCACUUCGAAAAUGGCUGAAGAAGAGGACGAAGAAGAGGUUGUACAUUUAUUAUUGUUGGUAACUUGAUUAACGUGUGAUAAGAGCAGACUUUGACAGUUUGACACUGACUCACCAAAUACCCUUCUCCGCAUGAUACCAAACUGCAAAACUCCAACAAUCUCUCUCUAUCUUUUCUUUGUUUCAUUCAUAUAUUUCUGACCCAACAAGAUCAACAACAACAAGAACAAGAACAUGAAUUAUAUAUACAAGUCUUGGUCUUUUCUUUGCCUUUGAAUUCUUUCUUUGUGGUUACUGGUCUAAGACGUAGAGCUGAAAUAUACAGCAACAAAGUUUUGGUUUGCAGUCUCAGCCACUCAGUCAGUCAUUCAGUCAGUCUUUCUUGCCUUUUGCUCCGCAGAAAUGGGAACUAUUGAUACUAGAAGCUUUUUAGAGCUCAUGACAGAGCUAAUAGCAAUGGUGGACGAGAUUGUCUCGCUGGCAAAAGACUCAGAUACUGAAAGAGAGGUUUUCACAGAAUUUGCACUGCUUGUUGAAAGGUUUUCACCAAGUCUGAAUGAAUUAAAGGACAAUGAAAAAUUCAUGGACAGGUCAACUAUUCGAAAAGCAGUGGAAUCCCUUGAGGAACAGCUUAACCGCUCCAAGGUUUUGGUACAAAGUCCCAAUUCAGAUACAUUUGUUAAGCAUGUGGAGGAAGUGACUCAUGAUCUUGGCCGGUCACUAGGCCUAUUGCUCUUAGCUAGUCUUGAAGUGUCCACAGAUUUGAAAGAAAAGAUUGGGGACUUACAUAAAGAAUUGAUGAGUGCAAGGUUUAGUUUGGAUUCAAGUCCUAGUUCAAGUUGGGUAUCGGAGUUUGUUAGUGAGUUGAAAGUGGUGAAUGAAAUAGAGGAGGAGAGUAUUAGUCUUGAACCUCUUGAUAUUGGUGAUGUUGUGUUGCAACUCAAGUAUGGCAAUGAUGAAGAAUUCAAAUAUGCACUUUUGGGAUUGAAUGAGUUGAUUGGAAGUGAAAAAGUUAGUAAUGAAUGGAUUGAUGAAGAAGGGAUUAUUCCAAUUCUGUUUAAUCGUUUAGGUUCUAGCAAGCCGGAGAAUAGGUUGACUAUAAUUCAAAUACUAAGAAGACUAGCUUUGGAGAAUGCUGACAACAAGGAAAAGAUGGUGGAUGUUGAGUAUUUGUCAACGCUGGUGAAGUCUUUGACACGGGAUGUGGAAGAGAGGAGAGAAGCUGUUGGCCUGUUGGUAAAUUUCUCUGAUCUUCCUGCAGUUAGGCGGCGGAUGGGCAGAAUUCAAGGGUGUAUUGUCAUGUUAGUUGCCAUGCUAAAUGGGGAUGAUCCAGUUGCUUCCAGAGAUGCAGGGAAAUUGUUAAAUGCCUUUUCAAGUAACACUCAAAAUGCACUUCAUAUGGCUGAGGCUGGUUACUUUAAGCCACUGGUUCAGUACCUAAAGGAAGGGUCUGACAUGAGUAAGGUUCUCAUGGCAACAGCACUAUCAAGAAUGGAGCUGACAGAUAAGUGGAGAGCUGCACUUGGUGAAGAUGGGGCAAUUGAGCCCCUUGUCAAGAUGUUUAAUGCAGGAAAACUUGAAUCUAAAUUAUCAGCUUUAAGUGCAUUGCAAAAUUUAUCCAGAUUGAAAGAAAACAUUCAACGCUUGAUUAGUUCAGGAAUAGUAGCACCGCUGCUUCAGCUCCUCUUCUCUGUCACAUCUGUGCUCAUGACUCUUCGGGAGCCAGCAUCAGCAAUUCUUGCAAGGGUUGCAGAGUCAGAAUCCAUUCUUGUUAACCAAGAUGUGGCACAUCAGAUGCUCUCGCUUUUAAAUCUGUCUAGUCCAGUAAUUCAGUGUCACCUCUUACAAGCACUCAACAGCAUUGCUGCCCAUUCUAGUGCAUCCAAAGUUAGAAGGAAAAUGAAAGAAAAUGGUGCCAUUCAGCUACUUCUACCAUUCCUGAUGGAAAACAACACAAAAAUCAGGAGUCUUUCCUUAAACUUGAUUUACACUCUAUCUAAAUAUUUACCAGAAGAGUUAACUGAACAGCUAGGAGAAACACACAUUAGUACAAUUGUCAGUAUUAUUUCAUCAUCAACAUCUGAGAGUGAAAAAGCUGCAGCAGUUGGCAUACUAAGCAAUCUUCCCAUUAGUUAUAAGAAAGCGACGGAUAUACUUAAGAAGGCAAAUUUUCUGCCAAUUUUGAUCUCCAUUAUCAGUUCAAGCAAUGCACCUUCAAAACCCACAACAUGCUGGUUAGAAGAGAGCGUUGCAGGUGUACUAAUUCGGUUCACAAAUCCUUCUGAUAAGAAGUUGCAGCUUCUCUCAGCAGAACAUGGGGUUAUUCCUUUGCUUCUGAAAUUGCUUUCAAGUGGGUCACCAGUUGCAAAAUGCAGAGCUGCAACCUCACUAGCCCAGUUAUCACAGAAUACACUAUCUCUUAGAAAGCCUAGAAAGUCAAGGUGGUUGUGUGUUCCUGCUUCUGCAGAUGCCUAUUGUGAUGUUCAUGAUGGCUUCUGCUUUGUAAAUAGUACACUUUGUUUGGUCAAGGCAGGUGCCAUUCCUCCAUUAGUUCAAAUAUUGGAAGGUAAAGAUAGGGAAGCAGAUGAGGCUGUUCUUGGCUCCCUUGCAACUCUCUUGCAAGAUGAAAUUUGGGAGAAUGGAAGCAAUUACAUUGCCAAAAUAUCAGGCGUUCAAGCCAUUAUAAAAUUUUUAGAAUCAGGUAAUGUGAAGGCUCAGGAGAAAGCACUAUGGAUAUUGGAGAGGAUUUUAAGAGUUGAUGAAUACAGAGUAAAGUAUGGGGAAUCAGCUCAGGUAGUGCUUAUCGAUUUAGCCCAGAAUGGCGACCCCAAAUUGAAACCAACUGUUGCAAAAUUAUUGGCUCAGCUUGAGGUCUUGCAGGAUCAGUCUAGUUACUUCUGAGAAGAUUCAUUGUGCAUAAGCUAUAUCAUACUUGUAAUUUUGUUUCAAAGACUUUUAAAUGCUCCUCAAUACCCAAAAUUCAAUUCCUUAUGAUGUAUAUGUUUAAAAAAUGAGUAUAUAUAUGUUGAGAAAUGUUUAGAAGCCAUGACACAGCUACAUAAUGAAGUGUUAGAACUAGCAAGGAUGGUUGUUGAAAA